GCGUGGCAUCCUCACUCCUGGAGGAGACAUCAGAAAGCAACGAGAGAGCAAUCAAACCAUGGGCAGCAGGAAAAGCAGCGCUGUGGUGGGACAGAGCUGAGGAAAGUGUGGAGCCAUUGGAGCUUUUUGGUCAUUUAACCACGGUGAGAUCUGGUGUUUGCAUAGGGUCUGUGCUCAUGGCAAGGGACGGGACAGCACAGUGGUGCAAGCAUCAGGAAUACUUUGGGGUGAAGUAUCACUGCAUUGAGGAUGGAGGGUGUUGAGGCCCCUGGUGCCACUGGGGUGCAGGAGGAACCUCGGGGGGAUGAGGAAGGUGUCCCUACCUCCCAGUGUUCCCCUUUACAGAUGUUCCCAUCUCCAGGUGUCCUCAUCUCCAGGCAUCCUCAGCUCCAAGUGUCUCCAGCCCCCCCCGUGCCCCUGUCUCCGAGUGUCUCCAUCUCCCAGUGUCCCCCUCUCCCGAUGUCCCCAUCUCCCAAUCUCCCAGUGUCCCCAUCUCCAGAUGUCCCCCCCUUCCAGAAACCUCACCUCCCAGUGACCCCAGCUCCGCUGCCGGGAUCCCCAGCCCCUCGCCCCACCGUCAUUCUUGCAUUUCCCUCUCCGCGCUUCCUGACCGAGACAUGGCGAUACCCGCUAACGGGGCGAGGCGAUGCCCGGGGCGGUGCCGGUGGCCGGGGCGGGGGCUACGGGGCGAGGCGGAGCCGUCGGGCAGCGCAUUCGGUGCCCCCCAUGGGAGGCAGCGGAUGCCCAUGGCUCUGGGGCCGGACUUGCUGCUGGUCGCCGGUUCUUUCACCGCUUUCCGUUUGUUGAACCGGGGGGUGGAGCGGCUGGUGCCCCCGCCGCCCUCGGCCCGGCGGAACCGCUGGAAGUGGCGGAACAUCUGGACGUCGCUGGCACACAGCGUGCUGAGCGGCGGCGGGGCGCUGGCGGGGUGAGCAGCCGGGGUCGGACAGCGAGAGACCGCGAUGGGAACGCAGGGCCGAGGGGACAACGAGGGAGGUUGUGCAUCUGGGGACGGGGGUUCUGUCUCUACCCUGGGCUGCACGAGGAUCUGGUGGGCACGCACCCGCCUGGGGCACACAGCCUGGUGGCCGUGUCCGUAGGUUAUUUCCUGGAAGACUUUAUGGACAUGCUAUGCAAUCAGAAACUCCACCAGUCCUGGGAGCUGCUCUUCCAUCACUCCGUGGUGAUUGUCUGCUUUGGCAUUGCAGUGCUGCUCCAUCAGUACGUGGGCUUCGCCCUCGUGGCCUUACUGGUGGAGAUUAACUCCAUCUUCCUCCACCUACGCCAGAUCCUGCUCAUGGCUGACCUGGUGCACACCACCUGCUACCGCCUCAACAGCAUCGUCAACCUGGGCACCUACAUGGUGUUCCGCAUUGCCACGCUGGCCUGGAUGACACACUGGCUGUUCCUCAAUCGGCAGAACGUGCCCCUGGCCACAUACACCGUGGGCACAGUUGGCAUGGCAAUCAUGACCCCCAUGAACAUCAUCCUUUUCUACCGCCUGCUGCGUAGUGAUUUCUUCAAGUCCAGCCGGGACGCGUGCAGGGAGAAGGAGAAAUAGCCCCUGGGAUGAGCAGCCAUGAGCCCGUGGAGGAGGACAGCAAAGAUCUGAGGGGUGUGAGCAUGGCUAUUUCAGUGUUGCUUGGACUUGUGGCUGUGGAUCCUGGGCAGAGAAGGUGCUUGUGGACCAGGCACUGGGGCUCUGCUCACCAGUACCCUUGGAUGAUGUGGUCAAACAACCAGGAGCUGCUCAGAGAAGCCCUGAUGGCUCUCGCAGCCCUGAGGAACCACUGAGAAGGGAGCAGGGAGAAGAGCAUUGUUUCCCCACUGCUCUUCUGGACAUGCAAAAACCUCUUAGGUGCUGCACCCUGCAGGGUCCCGUUGCCCAGGAGACUCUGUGCUUAACCUUGUGCUACCUCUAGCACUUCCCAUGGGAGAGCACCAGCCAAGAGAAGUUCCAAGGCUUUGCCCUUGAGGCCAGGGCAGUAAAAGCCAAGUCCUGCACUCAUGAGUUCUCCCGGAGGAGACUGUGCCAGGUGAGUGAUGAAGGCUUGGACCUGUCCUUGUCAGAUGCUGCUGGCGCUGGACUAGAGACAGCGGGAACUUCAGUGCCAUACUUGGGGACAGGCUGCUGACUUCCAACAACUGGAGCUUCUCCAGUGUUGUUUUGUUCCCAGGUGUAUUAAUUCCCCAUAAAUGAGUGUGGGAGCGUGUGAGUUGCAGGCCAGGACAAUGGUGUGUGAUAGUUGCUUCUCACGGAUUAGAUGUUUUCAGAUGGGCCAGAUAUGGGCAUCUAUAAGGAAUGAAAAGUCCUGCUGCAGAGCCCGGUGUAAUGCUCUCAACCAGGAGCAAGAGCUCUUACUAACCUAACAUAGGUUUUCAAUAAAUGGCAAAUGAAACAGCUCAA